CCUAAGAUUUCCAAAACCAUCCCAGCAUUAUUAAAGACAUGCAGCCACAGCCCACAAAGCAAAGCCAAGCAUAGAAUACACACAAGCACACCCCUUCAAGAGGUAUACGCACAGUCACCAGGAUCAAAAAGUUAUCCAAGGGAAGAAGGAAAGCACUCACGCUUGCACCAGACCACUCAGAGAAACGCCACUCCAAUCAGUCGAGCUGGGACAACCCAAAAUCAAGAGCAAGACCCUGCAUCAAUCAUAGCCAUAUCAUAUAAAACAAGGAAGAGCACCCAAGAACACAGCAAGAGCGAGCAGGAACAGCGUCAAGAUGUAUCCCUACCGCUUCAGCAAUGUGCUGAUCGGCUACCUCAACCUGGGGACGCUCCUCGCCUCGAUUCCGAUCAUCGGGGCAGGGCUCUGGCUGGCCAAGGGCUCCACGGCAACAUGUUCCUCGAUUCUGCAGACGCCACUCCUCGUCAUCGGCUUCGUCGUGCUCCUCAUCUCUCUUGCUGGCUUCGUGGGCGCUUGCUUCCAUGUCGCUUGGGCGCUGUGGCUGUACCUCGUCGCCAUUAUGCUCCUCAUCGCUUUCCUUCUUGGGAUCACAGCCUUCGGGUUCGCCGUCACAGCAGGAGGCGGAGGCACACAGAUUCCAGGGAGGCCUUACAGGGAGUACCACAUCUCAGACUACUCCUCAUGGCUCCAGCACCACAUGCAGGACAUGAAGUACUGGAAGCCAGCCCUUGCCUGUGUGGUUGGGUCCAAGGCCUGUGCCAAGAUUGAGAACUGGACUCCCAUGGAUUACCUCCAGCAUGAUCUCACACCAAUACAGUCCGGUUGCUGCAAACCACCAACAGCGUGCCAAUACAGUGGAGGCAUGCCCGUCGGAGCGCAGGACGAGGACUGCUAUCGGUGGAACAAUGCCGCGGACAUCCUCUGCUACCAGUGCAACUCGUGCAAGGCUGGCGUGAUGGAGCAGAUCCGCCAGGACUGGCACAAGAUCUCCGUCCUCAACGUCAUCGUGCUUGUCGCCCUCAUCUGCAUCUGCUCCUGUGGGUGCUGCGCCUUCAGAAACGCUCGUCGCUCCUUGUCCGAGUACCCAUACGGGGUAAACCGCAUGUCCAAGAUAAACCCACGCUGGGACUACUACUGGGGGCGAUGGUUCCGUGGUAGAAGAGAACAACUCUACUAGGCUAGCCCUUGGUCCUCAAUGCUUGUAUGAUAUUUUGCUCCUACUCUGUAUUGUGUAUUCCAUCAAAAUAUAAUAAUGCUUGGGAGCUGGGAUAGCUUCUGUGGUACUCUACUUUAUUUUAUUUGUACAGUUUCCUCCAGGUUUGCAUAAUUAAGAACGUGUAGAUGUUAGAGUUAGAGCAGAGCAGCAGAUGAAGUAAACAGGAUGUAUAGUUUUUCCAGCAUGGUAGCUAACAUAUUUCACACCAUGUAGAAGUCUAUGUGUUGAGUUCAGAAAGGACGUGAUUCCAUGUAUAUGGGGGAACCACUCAAGAAGAUAUGCCUAUGACUAUCUACAGUUGGUGCGA